AUGGAGCUCCCUGAGGUGGAGGACAACGCGGAGUUCCUGGAGCGGCUGAUGGAGGUGACCUCGCGCCGCCUGCCCCAGCUGGAGCUGCAGGAGCAAUACACCAUCAUCAAGGAGCUGGGCAGGGGCACCUACGGCAACGUGCUGCUGGCAGAGCACCGGGAGCAAGGCACGGCCCUGGCGUUGAAGCUGAUGCCGAAGGAGAGGACGGAGCGGCGGGCGUUCCUGCGGGAGUACUGCAUUGCGCUCUGCCUGUCUGCCCACGCCGGAUUCCUGCGCACUCUGCCCAUCGUCUUCGAGAGCCCCACCCACUUUGCCUUUGCCCAGGAACUUGCGCCCGCUGGGGACCUGUGUGCCAUCGUGCAUGACGGGGAGGGUCUCCCAGAGGCCCAGGUGAAGCGCUGUGCAGCCCAACUGGCUGAGGCCCUGGACUUCAUGCACGGCAAAGCCCUGGUGCACCGGGACAUCAAGCUGGACAACGUGCUGCUCUUCGACUGCGAGUGCCGGCGGGUGAAGCUGGGCGACUUCGGGCUGACGCGGCUGGAGGGCACGCCCGUCUGUGCCAUGUCGGGCACUCUGCCCUAUGCGCCGCCCGAGCUCUGCCUGCUCGAGGCCUCCGAGACGCUGGAGCUGGACUCCAGCCUGGAUGUGUGGGCCUUCGGGGUGCUGCUCUUCUGCCUCGGCACCGGCUGCUUCCCCUGGGACGUGGCUGUCAGCCCCGACCCCCAGUUUGAGGAGUUCGGCGCCUGGCAGAACAGCACGGUGCCGGGGGAGGCGCCGGCGCCCUGGAGGGCUUUCAGCACCGCCGCCCAGGAGAUGUUCCGGCGGCUGCUGACCCUCGACCCCAACCGCCGCAGCCCAGCCAUCGAGGUGCACAAGUACCUGCCCCUGGUCUGGCUGGCGAGCAGCCUCCGGGAGCUGGACGGGCCAGCCAUGUCCCUUGCCAUCUGGGCCACUCUCUGCACCCUGGUCCUGCUCCUCCUGGUGUCUGCGCCCCUCAUCACCUUCAUGCUGGAGGCCUGCCCGAGCCUGCGGGGCUGGAGGAGACUCCUCAGGAGGAAACUCCUCGGGGGAGCAGCAGCACCGUGGGAACUAGAGGCCUGGGAAUGGGAGAACCCCAUUGACCAGCUGUGA